AUGGGCACUAGCAUUGAUGAUGGUGGGCCAUUCCCUGAAGAUUUGAGGAUGGACGUUCUACAAAGUUUGUCUGUUAAGUCGUUGUUGCGGUUCAAAUGCAUAAGCAAGAACUGGUACAAUCUUAUCAACUGCCCUGUCUUUGUACGUAAACACUUCAAUUAUCAUGGAAACAAGAAACGCCCUAAAAUACUCUUUCAUGACUACCAAAUUCCAUUGACAAUACCCGUUGAUGACUACUACAUUGCAUCGUAUGAUUCGAUUCCUUUGACCAUAAUUUCGGAGGAUGAUUCAGGAGGAGGCGGAACCCCUUUAAUUGAAAAUCCUCAUCAUCUCCGGGGGUUUGGUGUUGAUAUGUUCUUCGACGGUCCAGUGGAUGGUGUGUUUUCGUUUAGUGGAACAAGGUCAACAACUGAAUAUGACCCUUGUUUGGGACUGUGGAAUCCUGCAACCAGGGUGGUAACCACUCUCCCUCCAGUCCACUUCAAGCUUCAACCAUUUCUCGAAAAGACGGAUGACUAUUUUGGGUUUGGAUUCAAUCCCCCCUUUACAAGUAACUACAAGGUGGUUUGGGUCCACCAGUUCUCUUAUUAUGACAAUAUGUUCCAUCGAUCAUAUGGAGCCGUCUAUUCCUCUUCUAUCAACUCUUGA